AUGGAAACAGAGGUCAUCGAUGCAAUAGACGUUUACCAAGCCAGAGAGCAGAUACUUGAUUAUAUAAUUCUGCGCCACAGAGAGCAAAAAGUCAUCUAUUUUCCUGGUUGGAGUCAGAGUGGCUUUGGUGCGGCCCCGGUCCUCAGAUCCAUAGCACAAGAACUUCGAUUGAUCAAAGAUAAGAAAACUCCUGCAGAACUAUGCUUUGAUAGGAUAAUUUACAUAGACUGCUCUGCAUGGGAAAGUAGAAGGGUGAUGCAGAGAAAAAUAGCAGAGGAGUUAGAACUUGACCUUGAAACAAUGGCCAUAUUUGACAAGCAGGACGAGGAAGACGACUUCAGUGGUAAGGACCAUGGCUCUAGGGAUAUGUUACGCAGAGUUUCAGCGGUAAUUGACCAAACUGUGGGUCUCAGAAAAAUUAUGAUGAUUUUUCUUAAUGGAAGUGAUGAUGAGGUGGACGUGAGCAGGUUGGGUAUUAAUCCUGAAUACCGUGACCACACGAUAUUAUGGACAUUCAAUAGACGGUCUUUGACCAUGCAUGACCACCAUCGUGAGAUAGCAGACAAGCUAAGAUACACUGACAUUUAUCUAAGUAUGUAUGCGGAUGUCAACUUCUUUUCAAGUUCACUCCAAUUUGCAUUGCUGCGUGAAGAGGCCGCUAACAUAGUGGCUCGCCAUCCAUGGAUGCCAAGCAUCGACAUAACAAUGGUAACUGAGUGUUGCCUGUAUGAGUUAUUCAUGCAAUAUAGUUUUCACAGAGCCACUGGAUUUGAUUGGGCAUCUCAUGCUCCCAACUACUGGGUGUGCGAUGGCAUCAUUAAAGGGGGCCUAACAAGGGAGAUUAGUAGUACAUUGCAUCAGGAAAUACAUUGGGAGAUCGAUGCUGCCAGAAUAAUGUUUCGUAGCCUGAUGAAAGAUCCCAAGGCUCCCUAUUUUAUAGUCGAAGACCCCGAGGCUCCAUUUUUUAUAGCCGAAGACGACAUGCCCUUGUUAAUAAAGAGGCCUUAUCCUUGGAUUUCUGUCACCUCAAAGAAUCUGAUAAUACAUGAGGAUACCAACAAAGCUAUAUUGGAAAGGGUAUCUUCUUUGUUCAUAGCACUUGGAAAGCCUGAUGACCCGCAAGGCUUACCAGAUGGUUUUCUUAAACACUGCAGCAAUCUUGGAGCGCUAAUUCUCUGUCGUUGUGCCUUCAGCUUUGUAUCACCACCUUUCCUCUGGUGCCACGAGUUGAGAUUCCUCGGGUUGGAUCACUGCACACAUGACAACACAAGUGAAGGAGAGAACAAUGCAAAGUGGACAUGGCUACAAAACCUAUGGGUGCUUGACCUACGUUACACCGAAUGGGAUGAUAUCUUAUCUCAAGAAAAAAUUGAUAACAUGGACAAGCUUAGGGAGCUGAAUAUUGAGGGAUUCAUGUGUUGGCAGUUGGCAGCUAGAUUACAUGGAAAAUUGCUUUACCUCCAAAGACUUCGAAUAAUCAAACCUAUGCACAAGGCAGAUACAUCAACUGACAGCAGCGGCUUAUUUGUGGACAAGACAGAGCUGGAGAUACUAGAUUUGUCUGGAAACAGAGACAUGAAAAACCUAUCAAUAAGCUCAUCAACAGCAAGGAGCCUCCAGAUGCUUAUUCUUGAUGGUUGUGAUGUGCUAGAAAAUGUUGUUGUGCCCGACGGGCUUCCCUCUUCCCUAAGGUCGUUUAGCUUUGAUGGAUAUGGACCGGCAACCCGCUGGACAUCAUCUUUUAAGCCGCCUCCAAAAAUUUCAGAGCAGAAGCAUAAUUCUGAUGCAGAUACAAGUGAUGUCAAGACCUCCAAGAUAUCCCUGCAAGGCUGCACACAGUUGGAGAAUUUGUUUGUACGCGGGCUGCCUAAUCUUGAGGAGCUAGAUCUUUCUGGAAGCGCAAUCAAGGUACUUGACUUUGGAACUAUGGUGGUAAAUGUCCCGGGGCUCAAGCGGCUCAUACUGCUGGGUUGUGAGCACCUCCGUGCCAUAAAGUGGGGCACCGCUGAUUCAGUGCGACAACUGAAGUUGCUAUGUGUGGACGCACGACCAUGGAGGGCGCAUGGAUUUUGUCAGUCAUGCCCUGUCAAGCAUAAAUCUUUCAUAUUGCAGUUGCAUGCUACUCUUGCAGAUGCGAGGUUCUCAAGGUCCUUGUGUGCUCUGUUUGCUCUGUGGUGUGGCUAUAGAUAUGAAAUAGUUCAUAAUGAUAUUUAUUUUAAUAUCCAUGUCACCUCUUCAUCUGGGUCUAGUGGGGGUGUUCAACUUGAAACCACCGGCGAGGAGAUGAUUGAACCCAGCAGUCAGCAACAUCAAGUUCAAGUGACCAUACAUGUAUAUGUUAGCAACCCGGGGGAAGGACACCGGAAGGGAAGAGAAGAAUCGAAAGAACAGCAGAUGACGGAAAGAGUAGCUUAG